GUUCAUCUAAAUCCUCGUUUUAGAUAUUUUCAUCAUUUCCUGUGAAGUGCGUUUUAAUUGACCUUGCGCCGUGUAAUGUUCUCGUGCUGCAAAGUUUAAACAGGGAUAUGAAGCUCAUUACGGAGUUGUUUCGUUUGCCAUGCCCUCUGAGAAUUCAGAUGUUUACACAGCUGUCACGUUUACGAAACUGAAGAAAACAAUGUUCCGCAUUUUAGCAAGCCAGUCGUGCAGUUUGUUCACUUGCGGUUGCUGUUUUACUUCAGGGAGUACAAAUAAGCGUGCUUUAAUUGCGGCAAUUUCUCACGGGGAUGGCGCUGCGAACUUACGAAUAAUUACAGCUCGUGACAAGCGGUGCGCCUUCUGUUAAUUUUAGUUGUAGACCCAAUGUUAUGGUAGCCACCAUACCAAUGUACAGCACCACUGUUAGAGUGUACGCUCUACCACUGUAACGAAGUUUCCAGUUUACCGGGCAUAUAAACUUCGACAAACGCUAGUAGAAGGCAAAAUCAGGCGCUGUUUGUUUAUUUGUUUAUUUAUUUAGCGUACCUUACAGACUUUGGUUAGAGCGUAAGGGAGGCAUACACAGAAGUAGGGAUGCAGAAAAGCGUAAACUGUGCAACUAUACAAAUGAAGUACAACAUAGCAAGAACAACAAUAAUAAUAAAAACUAUAAUUUCGUCGAUUUAUGGACGUGCGUAUGAAGGUAUGCGUAGACCCAUAUAAAAAAAAGUUACUUUUUGUUGCAGCAUUAGAAUAUAGUGCAAAAGGUGUGGUUUCGACCACUGCAUCCAAUGACACAUGGAGCCGUGCACUUCUUCAGAAAAUUCCGUCAUGUGCUCUUCGGCCGCCACUUGGUGGCUACCAACGCCACGAUAUCAACAGUCAUGGGCAUUAUCGGUGACCUCGUCCAGCAGCACUACGAAGUUAUGUCCGGCCACCAGGUUGCCAUCAAUUCAGUGCGGACAUCGCAUAUGGCAGCAGCUGGUCUGACUACCGGCAUGGUGUGUCACUAUUGGUAUGUCUUACUCGACCGAUGGAUGCUGGGGCGAUCUGUGCGCACUGUUUUGCUGAAGGUGCUCUAUGACCAAGUCGUGUUUUCACCCAUCAAUCUGGUUGUUUACUUUGGCACGGUGGGUUUACUAGAGCGUUCCAGCUGUGCUGAACUGAGCCGUGAGCUCUGGUUUAAAGGUGGUACCAUCUAUAAGGUUGAAUGGAUAGUUUGGCCACCUGCACAGUUUCUCAACUUUUAUGUGCUUCCUCUAAGGUAUCGUGUCUUCUUUGACAACCUCAUUUCCUUUGGUUUUGAUGUAUAUUUACCAUUUGUCAAGUAUAAGGACCACAGGCCUCACACCAACCACAGCUGAUUGUUUUUGUGUGUUGAACUAGUGUUAUUGUUUGCAAAAACUAAAUCAGUCACAACAGAAAAUAAAGUUGCUAUAUCUACAGUAAGCUUAAGACAUGUGAAGGAGCCUUGGAAAGUUCAGCUUAACAGAUUUACACUGAAUCUAUGGGAUACUAAGCAGAGAUGCACACUGUCACAAGGAAGUAAAUGCCAGCCUAGUGGCCAGGUGCCUUUUACUAUUUUGCGAUAUGUUCAUCUGAACUAUUAAGCUUCACAUAAUUCAUCUUUGGAGUCUAGUGUAUCUUGAAGUGCUGUUGGUACACCAACUGUAAUGCUGUUUACAUGGAUGCUUGCAUGAAAAACAUGAAUGCCACAUCUAUUUCACAGUGCUUCAGUACAAGUGUGGUACUAUAUCAUAUUUUGCUUUCUCCUCCUCUUUUUAGUCAGAUGCCUUUUUUGUACAGAUGUGCAGCAAAACCAAAACGGAAUUAAGAUAUGGAUCAAAGUUGAUGCUGAAUGAUUGAAAUGUGUUGCAAGGCUGUGCAACAGGUUAUAAGGGGCACCGUAGUAGGUGUCAGACAUACCAGUUGCACAAGGUUUUUGAGGACACGGCUUCGAAUUGCCAUAUACAUUAAAGGGGUUGAGACAUCAAAUUUGUGGCUUGCGCGUGCUUUGUUUCAAACGUUUCUCAUUGCUCCAGGAAGCAUGAUACAUGCUCGAAGAUUCAUAUAUUCUCCGUAAAUAAUUUAAUAUCGCAUUAUUUAUGUGAACGAUUUUCGGUUUCGGUUUCUGAGCGCCGAGUUGGACAGUGACAUCACUGUCCAGAAUGCUUGGUGACGUGGGCUCACAAAACUGUGAUGCACGCACUGCUGCAUCGUCUGCUCUCGCACACACGUUCUGUACCAGCGCAGGCAAACAAAACUACGCCGACAGUUGUCGUGACUAACUGUGGCAGCUCCGAUUCCGACUCUACGUCUGCGUCCGAUGCGGCUCACUUCAUUCUAGACUCGAGGCUCCCUAGGCUUGCCUGUGCUGUGGGUCACCGCUCAUUGUACGUCACUCUAAUGUUAUGUGGUAUGACGUCACUAAAACUUUCGUUACACUUCCGACAGAGUGACGUCGGUGUCAAUCGCGCUAGCGAUGGGUGUCGAUCGCGAGAACGAGCAUUUGGGCACUCUUUGAAAGCGAAUUAAAAUAUAUUUAAAAUUUUUGCUGUGUCCAACACUUCGUGUUGAACGUCCUUGCAUACAGAGGGAGCCUACAAAAGGCUUCUUAUAGCCUGAAAAUUUGGUGUCUCAACCCCUUUAAUAACACAUUCUAUUUGUCUAGGCACUUUGCCUUCACCAACCCCUUUGUUACCUAUUUAGCACAUUUAUAUUAUGGUAUCGGCUUUCACUCUGACACAGGAAAUGAAGCCAUAUGUUGCCUCAAUCGCAAACAACGGUGAUUGCCACUUUGUUGAAUGUUGCCAAAUCCUUUCUUUUUGGCUGAGAGAACAGUUUGUUUCCAAUUAUAAUCUUAAACGAAGAGAAAUAAGCACUGCCAGUGUUCAGGUGCCUUGAAUGUGGUGUCCUAGGUCUGAACAUAAACCUGUUACACUGCUAUGUAUGGCGGGCAUUGCCAAGGAAGAGACUUGACAGCCACACAAUGCUAAAAAUCACUCCAAGGGCAACUAGUAUUGUGGAAGCACUGCCAAACAUCAACACGGACAGACAUCUGAUCCAAGCAUGCAGCCAUUAUUGAAGUUGAAUUCACUCAGUAGUUUAGGCUGAGGAUGGUUUUGUUCAACUGUCUUGGAAAACAGCAGUAUAAGAAACAAUGUAAAAUUUUUAACUAAUAUAUUGAUUCUUGUUUGGAAUAUUGUUGCUAUUUGGGAAGUUGUCAUUAUGUCCUUAAAUACUUUGUGUACCUGUUAUUCUAUCAUAUGGCAGUUCUUACAAUACAUCAAAACCCAAGCACUAAUGUUGGACCCAGCAGCAACAUAUGCAAACAAUGAGCCACUUCAGUUCCAUGUUUGAACAGAUUAAGAUGAGCCAUCUGGCUGGUUCACAAUAAUCCACCAUCAGAAAUGAUUCAUCAAAAAAAUUCACCUAUGAUUAUGAUACUCCCCAACGUGAAUUUUGAGUGCAGCUGUUUAGGUGUUUUGAAUUCGCAAUUUAUUGUGGCAAGGAAUUUGAUUCUGAACAACAGGGCCCUCUCGGCGGUGGCGUUGAGCCUCUGCUCAAGCAGUUCAUUUAGCAGCAGCGGCAGAUGAAGCAUUUCCACCGGUUGCGUCGCCCAUUGUUCAGAAAGAGAGUGUGAACGUGUGGCGCGCAUUCUCUAGCGGCAGCCGCACAGGCGAAGUAACGCAUGCACAGUGGGUCCGAAGCCCACGCCUCACCCUUUUGCCAUACUCUCCUCCUCCUCUGCUUUCCUCGUCGCUCUCGCUGUCUUUCAUCUCUCGCUUCAUUCCACAUUCGCUCUUUCAUCCUUCGCUGUGCUCAUUUGCUCCGUUACGUUGAGGGAUGCCGACACUAAACGCAGGAACGGAUGCCUAAGAGCUUCGCUCCAAAGUAGAUGCAAGUUUCAAAGUUCUGCUUGGGUGUCAGUAGACUUGCUUUGUUCAAUGUGUCCUUUAUAAAGUAUUUGCUUUAUUCCCUUUGAGUGGUGUUGACUUCACAAACUGUCAUUUACAGUAUACAGUCACAUACAGGGCAGACCUGUUGCUAAAUUCUGAAUGUGAAAGUUUUGGAAUUCACAGUCGGGGAAAAACUAUUGUUAAGUUGUACUUCAUCAAUGUGCCUGUGUGCACCAUGGUCCACUCUUAAAGGUAACAUCCACUUCAAACUUGGUUGUCAAUUUCAGCUGAGAUGUGACGUGAAGGCAUGCAUGCUGUACUCAUAUUAACAGAUGUCUGAGUGGUGCUUCAUACGAGGCUCUCUUUUCUGAUAAAGUUGAACAUUUGUAACUGUUCACUUAUUACUCUUUAGGUGUUUCCUUUGAGAGUGAACCAUACUGUAUGUGCAUGAGUUCUCAUAUAUGGCCUACUCAUAACCGUGUGGCGCAAACAAUUCGCUGUAAAGCAGUGACAGCAUAAUUUAACUUUUUAAUAAUCAAAAUUAAUACAAACAAGUUAUGUUGAAGCAAGAACAAGAGUACUGGUAAAAGCAGUCUAGCCAUAAAUUUCACUGCAGCCUGAGGUUUAUAGAAAGCUUGAUUACAGUUUCUACAAAAGUGUGUGCAUUACUGCAGCAUGUCUAAAAGGCAAAAUUUGUUUUUGAUAGUCAAACACAUUGACAUUUGACAGUAUAUUUUCAUUGAUGCAGCUGGGUAUCAUAAGCCUUUUUUUUUCUUUUGAAUCAGAUAUGUAAAGCCAUAAACAACAAUAGUGGUGACCAACAUUUGGCAUAAAAUUAUUGAACGUCUUAAUUGCUGUAAGGCUUUAUGCAUUGCAGCAGUCUGUC